CAAUUUUUUUCGUAGGCAGACGCUAGUUGUGCUUCGGUGCGAUUAUUUUGCACAACGUCGAGUGUUUUUUUGAAGGUAUUGGAUUUUUAAAUAAUAUUUUUACGCAAAUCAUUGAUAUAAAUACUGGAAAAAAAAUGGCGAUGACAACGACUCAGGUAAAAGGUAGUGGCUGGCCCAGGCGAGCAAGUAAUAGCUCCUUCGAAGGGAAACCAGUGGUCAAUCCAUCCGUCACCAUCAAUAGAACAGUGAACCUAUACCCACUGACGAAUUAUAUAUUCGGAACAAAGGAACCGCUCUUUGAAAAAGAUCCAUCAGUUCCGGCCAGGUUCCAACGAAUGAGAGAUGAAUUCGAUAAAAUCGGCAUGCGGCGCAGUGUAGAAGGUGUACUACUCGUCCACGAGCAUGGAUUACCUCAUGUUCUUUUGCUUCAACUGGGCACGACAUUUUUCAAAUUACCUGGAGGUGAGUUGAACACGAGCGAAGAUGAGGUGGAAGGCUUAAAACGACUUUUAACUGAAGCUUUGGGGCGUCAAGAUGGUGUAAAACAAGAAUGGGUUAUUGAGGACACAAUUGGUAAUUGGUGGAGACCGAAUUUUGAACCACCCCAAUAUCCCUACGUUCCACCCCACAUCACAAAACCAAAGGAGCACAAAAGAUUAUUCCUAGUUCAGUUGCAGGAGAAAGCAUUUUUUGCAGUUCCUAAGAAUUACAAGCUAGUGGCGGCGCCACUUUUUGAAUUAUAUGACUGUUCACAAGGAUAUGGACCAAUAAUAUCGUCGUUGCCUCAGUCCCUAUGCCGAUUCAACUUUAUAUACAUGUGAGUACUCCUAAAUUCCAUCGAAGUGGCGUUAAAAUCAAUUGUGUUUAAUGUAAGUGGAUCAACAGACGGAAAAAAACUUCGCAGUGAGAGAAUAUGUACAAUAUGUGAAUGUAUGAACGUGCGUGACUGACAAUGUUUCACUGCAUUGUAAUACUCUACAUAUAGGGUAUAUAAUCAUUUACAUAGAAUAAAAAAAAAUAAUUAAACCUUGUUUCGGCAGUGUAGUGGUUUCGUGUUUUUGAUGGGAAUUUAAACGACAAUAUUUUUAUUGUAAUAAUAAAAAUUGAUUAAGAAUAAACUAAUUCAAGUCCGGGA